GGGAGUUAAUACGUUUUCCAAGAAAGUGAAAGUAGGAAAUCAUGGCACUUGCCGGCAGAAUAUUAGUGUAUGGUGGUAAAGGAGCCCUAGGAUCAGCUUGUGUCACCCAUUUCAAGGCAAAAAAUUAUUGGGUUGGAUCCAUUGAUUUAAUGCCAAAUGAACAGGCUGAUGCCAAUGUUAUUGUUAAGCCAUGUGACUCAUGGACUCAACAGGAAGAAGAAGUUGUUAAAGCUGUUGAUGGAAUUGUUGGAAGUGAGAAGUUGGAUGCUGUUCUGUGUGUAGCCGGAGGCUGGGCAGGUGGAAAUGCUGCAGCAAAAGAAUUUAUAAAGAAUGCUGACAUGAUGUGGAAACAGAGUGUUUGGACGUCUGCUAUAUCUGCUGCUGUUGCUUCCAAAUAUUUAAAAGAUGGAGGACUACUUACUCUUCCAGGUGCAGCACCUGCUGUUAGUGGCACUCCAGGUAUGAUGGGAUAUGGUAUGGCAAAGGCUGCAAUACAUCAGUUGAUAAAGAGUUUGGCAGGAAAAAAUAGUGGACUUCCUAAAGAUUCAAGUGCUCUUGCCAUUCUACCUGUAACUCUAGAUACUCCCAUGAAUAGAAAGUUUAUGUCAGAGGCAGAUUUUGGUACAUGGACCAAACUGGAAUUUGUUGCUGAAUUGUUUGACAAGUGGUUGGCACCCGGUACUAGACCAGGCAAUGGUAGUCUGAUCAAGUUGGUAACCAAGGACAACAAAACAGAACUGGUGUCUGUGGAAUAAGGACUGAAUAAAAUAUAGAUUGCCAAAUAACAGUAACUUGUCAUUAUAUAAAGUGUUGUGUCAACUAGUCAUAUGUUUAGUAUUCUGGUUAGGGUUUUUCUGUUCAAUUUAUUUUAUGUAUUCCAUUUUUUUUUGGAUAUUUAAGGAUGUUUUCUGCCAAAAUUAAAAAAAAGCAUGUAAAUGCAUGUAUAAAAUUCUUUUUUGAUCAACAAAUUUUUAACUAAGAGUUGUCUGCUGCUGUCUUUCUAUUUUUAUCCAAGCUGUAAGCUAUGCUCAUGACCUGUCAAAUUAUUUUUCACAAUUAUGACAAAUAGUGGUUGCCACACUAGUGGUUGAAGAGUAUACUCCUAACCUUAAAGUAGUCUCUUUUUUUCACAAUAAGGACAUAUUCUUUUCUUUCUUUAAAAUAAAUAAUAAAUGAAAUUUAAACAUACAAUUUUGCUUUUUUGGAUGCUGCUUCACCAGGAAAUUGCUGAGACAAAAGGGAGACAACUAAAGAUAUCAUACAUUGGGAGGGUCUAUUAAACCAAAUGAGACCUUUAAGAAUAACCAAAACCAUCUGAGUUCUCUGUAUUCUAUAUUUCGUUAUGAACUGUAGUAUUUGACAGAAUUACAUUUUAUGCUAUGAUUGCUUUUCACACAAUAUCAAACCAAUAUUUUGUAACAUUAGAAUGAUGAAUUUUGGAAAACAAAUGAACAACAGUUAAAAUGAAUAUUCAUGAUGUUGACAUGACUGAAAUUU